UUAAUACUGGUGCAUUCGAAAUCAAAAUUGUUUUAAAGUGAUCGUAUGUUAGAUAUUGACGGCAUUGGCAAUUAAUAAAAGCUUAUGAGGCAUUAAAAAUACAACUACUUUAGUUAUGGAUAAAUUUGUGAAACGAACUCCAUCGUGGCAAACAAUAACCUAUGCCAACUCACUUGAGAAAUCACGAAGAAAACUACAACUCAGCGAUCCUUCUGUGAAAAAGAAACCAUUACGAGAAAGCCAACUACAACCAUCAGCAACAAAGGAAUGCUCUCUCCGUAGCAGCCGUAGACUAAGUAUUCGAGACGAACAUUUGCUAAAAAUAUUUGCCAGUAAGCCAGAUCAGCCACUAGUACCGCUCAAUGAAGACAGUGGAUUAAGUAGCAGUUCGCAGAGUUCCUUGGACAACAUCGUGAAUUCAACACAAACUACAUCUAAAGUCGAAAAACAGUUUAUGCCUGUGGAAAUAGUACAUAACUUGUGCGAAUUGAGCGACUAUGUGAACAGCACCGAUGCUGCGCGUUCACAGCAAAAGCUCUUUAUUUCCCAAACGCCACCCGUAACUUUCAAUGAGGAAUUUUGUGAAGAUAAUGAAAACAACAUCACAACAAUCAGAUCAGACACCACUAUAACCGCUUUUACAAAAUCCGAUCAUAACGCCUUGGAAAACAAAUCUAAUAACAACAACCUUCGAAGGCCAUCAUCUACUCCGAAAGUAAUUAAUCAACAUCAAAUGGCGUGCAUACAUCGAGAUAUGAACAGUCCGUCAGCAACCGUGCGAUUACGAGCUAUGAAGGCAUUAAAAAGCAAUCCAAAAAAUUCACCAUAUACUGGAUUUGAUGUUCCACAUGAAGAACAAAAUAUAAUUUCUGAAGAGGAGCUCCAUCCUCCGCCCCCACCAUCAAUAGAAGAACUGAUGCGCGAUAUUGUGGUAUACGUUGAGGUACGUACUGGAGAGGAUAAUCGGUCUGACGGUGUGAAGAAAGUGAUAUCACAACUUGGCGCGCGUGUUAAUGACAAAUUACUCAGGGAUACAACACAUGUGAUAUUUAAAGACGGAUUGUUAUCCACAUAUAAAAAGGCAAAAAACUGGAAUAUACCAGUUGUCUCCAUUUUAUGGAUUGAAGCUUGCAAAAAUAAGCGUAUGAUAUGUGAACCAAAUGAUUUUCCAAUUUCAAAUAUAGAUCGUUAUGAAAAUCCCGAACUGUAUGAAAAAAUGAAGCGUCACAAAUCCAUGCAGCCAGAUUCGGAAUGCAAUAAACGUAUUCGUUUAAAACAGGGUACACCUAAAUCUUCGGCGGAGGUGCCUACCAGAACGCCAACAAGUGCUGCUAAUACACCUAAAACUAGCAAAAAACAACAGACUGAUAUUAGUCAAUUCUUCAGAAAGUUAGCUAAUACAAACAACACACCCACAUCUGAUAAUAAUGGUGUGACUGGGUCAACAAUAUCGAUAACAAAAGCAAAUGAGAUACCCGAAUCACCAGCAACGCAACUAUUGAAUAGAAUUGAAAGCAACACGUUUACUCCUCUUCGGCCAAGAAGAAUUCAAACCGAUCCGAGCACAACAACUUUAAAAUUCGAAAUGUCUUUGAAGCCCUCGUCUAGUGGUGAUUUUUCUGAAACAACAAUGAUAUCUUCACAAUCCAAAAAAUGUCUUCAAAAGCCUUCAAGUCCACCGCGGUCGUGUAAGAAACCGUCGCCGAGAAAACGUGUCAUAACCAGACGUAGCAGUGUUCACUUACCUGUAGAGCAAGGUGCAAGUACCUAUUCGCUACAGAUGACUGAAACUGAUACGCCUGUACGUGUCACACGUCGGCGAAGCUCUACAUACGCAGCAGUGAACAUGAGUCUCAGUACGAUCGAUCGAAAUGCGCCCGAAUCAACUAUGCAUUGCAAUCAAACAGCAUUUAGUACAAUAGCCGAAGAGAAUGGAGAGGUUGCGUCUGGCAAAAAUUCGAACACAACUGCUGGCCAGAAAAGUCCAAAAAGUUCAAAAGGACGUUUAAAGAAACGUCGCACCACCUAUACUAAUAAAACGCCUGAAAUGUCGCCUGAGAAAAAAGUUAAAACAACAAUACGACGCACUUUAUAUACGCCACAGCCGAUAGAAGAAUCGAUAUCAGAAAUGUCGGUGACGAAAGUAAACGGCACAUCGAAAGUACUUGACGAAAAUUUAUUGCACUUCGCCUUAACGCCAACUACACUGGCAGAAAAUAAAGUAAAUUUAACGGGGAAGAGCGAUAAAAAGGAUAUUGAAACCGGUGCUUUAAUUGAAGAGCACUCGGCUACCAUGAUAUUUAGUUCUACACGGUUACCUAGUGCCAAUCGUCGACGUACACUUUUCGACGUUUCAAUGGACAUAAUACAACAGCGCCUGCAUAAUAUAAAUAAUUCCGCAAGACGAUCUAUAACAAAGGAACUAACAUACAACGAAAAGAGUCCGAUCAUCGGUGGAUGUAAAACGGUUGCCAAUGUAAUUGGAGAAAGCAAUAACUUAUCUACACCGAAAACGAACGCCACAACGAGCGUGAUCUCACCACCGAAAACUAUAAAAAAGCGAAAACUAUUCGUGCCGAAUGAUGUCUCGCUUAUUUUAACUGCCACUCCUCCAGUAUCCGCUAAGAAGAGCACAGCUGAAACAAAUGCGAAGCGCAGACGCACCAUCACACCACAAUUGAUUGAAAAACGAAUGAUAACAAAACCACGCAAAAGUAUUGCAACAAAAACAAAGUCACAUUCAGAAGUAAUGAUCUCACCGACAUCAUCAAACGAAAUUACAAAUCAGACAAAAAACUCGGCGCAAUCAGUACCGAUAUUAGGAAAUGAAUUAACAAGUUUUGAGGAAAAUGACAAAUUAGCAGAAUCAUCGAUACCGCGCAAGGAUUCUGAUCAAACAUUAAGCGGAAACACGGAAGAAUCAAAGUCUGAAACAAGAUUGUCGGAAAACCAAAUAAUCGUAAAUGAAUCAAAAGAGAUAAUACCCACUGCAACGUUACCGAAAUUAAAAGGAUCAUUUAUGAGCAUAAUUUCAAGCAAAACUUCAGACACAACAGUGAAACAACAACUGCAACAUGACUUGGGGAUCGACGAAAAUAUCGUUCUCGAUAUACCCUCUGCAACCACUGUAUUAGACCAAGCUGCUGCAGACGAAAAUGCAAGGGUCUCUUCUACAUUAGAUUUACCGCAAUCUAUAACGAAUCAUGCAGCUGCGAAAUUUGUGAAGAAAUCUCAAAUGACUGCCACACCAGACACAGCUAAAGACGCUGUUGUUGUAGGCGCAACAGGUGGUGCUACCGGCACUGCAAUCCAAAGCAAUGCGGCUGGCAACAGUAAAAAGUGGCCAUAUAUUGUAUGCACCAAUAUGCACCGGGAACAAAUCAAGGUGAUGCGUGAGGCAAUAUCUGCACUCGGUGGUCUACAAUUGAAUCACUGCGUUAAUGACGACACUACGCAUGUGGUUAGUUAUGAACCACGGCGUACGCUAAACCUUCUGCGAGGACUAAUACGUGGUCUGUGGAUAGUGGAUUACAAAUGGGUGUUGGACUCACUAAAGACUGGAUAUUGGCUAAACGAAGAGGAUUAUGAAUUGAGGGUAUUUUCUCGUGCUAUUGAGAUAUGUCGCACUGAACGUCAGGCAUUUGGCAAUACAUAUAAGUGUGAACUCUUUGCUGAUUUGGGAACAUUCUACAUAUCAUCACGCUGUGGACCAAUCUCGAGGGAAAAUUUGAAAGAGCUCAUAGAAUUGUGUGGAGGCAAAGUGGUAGAUCAUCGUAAGCGCGCUAAAUAUAUACUUGGCGAUCCACAUAGAACUCUUGAAGAGAAAGUUUAUGUAACCCCAUUUUGGGUAUUGGAUAGCAUCACACAUAUGCAGGUGAUGCGCCACCAGAAAUAUGCAUAUAUAAAGACUUCUGUUGCGAAACCGCCAGCACAGACCCAACAGACAAAUACAGAAACGGUUACUACUCCAUAACAACGCUUAUUUAGCAAUAAUUAAAAUAAAAUAUUUUAAGACCACAUACAAUUUAUUGCAAUUUACAGAAUAAUUUUUUAAAACAAAGCAUUUUAAUGAAAUUAUUUAACAACGCAAUUAUAGAGAUUAGAUUGUUUACUAAAUAAAUUUAAAAUUAUUAGCAUAUUUGCAUAUA